AUGCCUCAUCCUAUUAACGGCCCUGGCAAUAAUAAGGUCGUAGUCUACCCAGCCAAUAGCAGAUUCGACGCCGCCUUUACCAUCGACGCCAACGACCGGAGCAACCCCAGUGCCAAUCAAAUAGAUAUCAACACGCUCCUUAAUAGCAGCCAGUACGCUUCCUCGUUCGCGGGCGGUAUCUGGUCGCACUCGUUCCUAUCCACCUACAACUAUCACCGCCUAUACGCACCCGUCUCUGGCACCGUCGUCGAGGCAAGAGUUAUAGCCAACCUAAAGGGGGGGACCUUCAAGAAGCGCUGCUAUAUUGGCAAGCUCCCUAAGAAUAAGGGUAUGCAUAUCGAGGCUGUUGACGGGGCUGGCUAUCAAUUCCUUCAGACUUGUAGCCUCUUUGUCAUUGAUACUAGCAUCCAGGCCUCAGAGCAGAGAGUGUUGCCUGAAAAGAUCUCGUCGGUCAAAUCCCAACAUAUAAGACUAAGAAUACACUCUUCCCUUUUUUUCGGGGGCAACCCGCUAGCCUACUUCCAGUUCGGUGGGUCCGACAUCAUUGUCGUGUUCCAGAAAAAGGCCGGCCUCGGGCCCGAGUCUUUCUUCCCCUAUCCCGACCCAGACACGGCGCCGGAUCAUCCUUCCAAGCAAUGGUCCCGGUACGGCCAGCAGCUUGCACAGGCUGCGCCUCAGUAG